UGUCUGUAUGAAUGCAAAUCAUGCGGCCGACUGCAGCUGCGUGGAUGGUUAUCAAGGCAAUGGUUUUGUCGGCUGUCAGCCAGCGCUCGAUCAUACACCUGUCUGUCAGUACAACGAGGAUUGUCCACCUACGAAACUCUGUGAUCGUCUCAACCGCCGCUGCAUCAAUCCCUGCUUCGAGGACUCGUGUGGUGAGAAUGCUGAGUGUAUACCCGUCAACCAUGGCAUCGAGUGUCGUUGUCUGGCAGGCUUCGUCGGCAAUGCUUACAUCGAAUGUUCGCAAGUGCAGGGUUGCCGCGCGGAUCGUGAAUGUGACGCCAGUCAAGCGUGCAUUAACGGUAAAUGCGCUUCACCCUGUCGCUGUGGAGCUAACGCACUUUGCGAUGUCAUCAAUCAUCGUGGCAUCUGUAAGUGUCCACCAGGCUACGCUGGCAAACCAGAAGUCGCCUGCAAUCCACCCAUCAAUCCUUGUGACCCCAAUCCAUGUGGCGUUAAUGCGCUAUGCGAGCUUGAUAAUGGUAAUCCAAUUUGUUAUUGCCCCAAGGGACUCACCGGCAAUCCUUUCAAAAAUUGCAUACCCGAAGGCGAUGAGUGUCGCCCGAACCCGUGCGGUCCCAACUCGGGUUGUCGCAUGGUGGGUGGCUCACCCACCUGUUUCUGUCUACCCGAAUAUGAAGGUCAACCCCCGCUUGUGCAAUGCGAAGUGCCGAAGAGCCCCUGCGAUCCAUCCCCUUGUGGGCCGAACACCCAAUGUGCUGUACUCAGUAACGGCUUCUCGAAGUGUACCUGCCUACCCGGCUAUGUGGAAAGUCCCAACACGAUUCGUGGCUGCAUCGAACCUGUCAAUCCAUGCGACCCAAGCCCUUGCGGCCUGGGCGCUGUUUGCGAUUCUUCGCGCACACCGGUUUGCUUCUGUCCCGACGGCCAAAUCGGCAAUCCAUUCAAGUCCUGCGAAAAACCGCCCAUUUCCGAUGAAUUAUGUACACCUGGACCAUGUGGCCGCAAUGCUGAUUGCUACGUUACUAGCAACCGCGAGGAAUGCUACUGUCGUCCAGGUUAUAUUGGUGAUCCAUAUCAAGGUUGCCGCGAACCACCACGUAGCGCGUGUGAACCAAAUCCUUGCGGUCCGAAUGCUGAAUGCAUAGUUUCUGUUGAUGGUCAAAGUGCUUGCAUAUGUCCGGAUGGUUUAUCCGGUGAUCCCACCUCAACUAAGGGCUGUCAUGGUUACGAAUGUCAAGUGGAUGCCGAUUGCCCGCACGACAAGGCGUGCAUGGGUUUCAAAUGCUACGAUCCCUGCCCAGGCGCUUGCGGACAAGGCGCCAAUUGCCGCGUGGAAGAGCACCAUCCAGUUUGCUCAUGCAAUGCUGGACUCACUGGCAAUCCGGGCAUACGGUGCUAUGCGCUGGACAUACCAAAAACCCCUAGUCGCAAUCCAUGUUUGCCCAACCCUUGUGGCGUCAAUAGUGACUGUAAACUGCUAAACAAUCGUGCUGUAUGCUCCUGCUUGCCCGGCUAUUUGGGUGAUCCACAGAGUGGCUGCCGCGCCGAAUGUGAUAUUAACUCUGAUUGCGGCACGGCGCAAGCCUGUAUCAACCAUAAGUGUAUUGAUCCAUGUGCUGGCACAGUUUGCGGCAUUAAUGCUAUUUGUAGAGUACAACAACAUACGCCCAUCUGCGCAUGUCUCGACGGCUUUACCGGUGACGCUUUCCGUCAAUGUAUACCUGUUGGCGUGCUUAAGAAUAUAACACGCGACCCAUGCGUCCCUUCACCUUGUGGACCACAAGAUGUUUGCUCGAUAUACGGUGACGGUGUAGCGCUUUGCGACCCUUGCUUUGGGUCUAAUGCACAACAGAACCCACGCUGCCGACCUGAGUGUUUAUCAAACUCCGACUGUCCCUUCGAUCGCGCCUGUUUAGGCCAACGCUGCUUGGAUCCAUGCCCUGGUUCAUGUGGACACAAUGCUGUCUGCAAUGUGUACGAACAUAAUCCCAUCUGUAGCUGCCCGCCUGGCUUGUACGGUAAUCCCUACGAGCACUGCUCACCGCCUUCGCCGUUUGAACCAGCACCAUCACCUAGCUGCGAGAAAUUACAAUGUGGCGCCAAUGCGGAAUGUAAGAAACGAAGUGGCGCUUUGACUUGCGUCUGUCGCACAGGUUAUUUCGGCGAUCCUUUCAUCGGCUGCCGACCAGAAUGUGUACUCAACUCAGACUGUCCGGCUGAUAAAUCUUGCGUCAAUUCUAAAUGCGUGGAUUCAUGCGUCGGCGUUUGUGGCAUCAAUGCCAUGUGCCGUAUUGUUAAUCAUGCACCUGUCUGCAUCUGCGUAGAUGGUUAUACUGGCGACGCAGCUGUCCAAUGUAAUCCAUACUACUUACCACCUAGGAAACCAGCGCGCAACCCUUGUGAACCAUCGCCUUGCGGCCCCAACUCACGUUGCAUGAUUUCGCCGGAUGGCUAUGCGGCCUGUUCAUGCCUGCCGAACUUCAAAGGCUCACCGCCAGUCUGUCAGCCAGAAUGCGUUGUCAGUUCGGAGUGUCCGCUGAACAAAGCUUGCAUCAAUCAACGCUGCGCAGAUCCAUGUCCGGGUACAUGUGGCGUAGAAGCACGCUGCGAAGUCCUUAACCACAAUCCCAUCUGCUCUUGCGAAGCCGGUUUUGAAGGUGAUCCGUUCGUGUCGUGCGGCCGCAUACCAGAGGAAAGAACUGAUAGCAAUCCUUGUGUGCCUUCGCCAUGCGGACCCAAUUCAAUAUGUCAAAUUAAACAAGAUCGGCCAGUUUGCUCAUGCGUUGCCAAUUAUAUUGGCAGCCCGCCAUAUUGUCGCCCGGAGUGCACUUUGAACACCGAAUGCCCAGCGGAUAAGGCUUGCAUACAAGAGAAAUGUCAAAAUCCAUGCGCUAAUACAUGCGGACACAACGCACGUUGCACAGUGAUUGCGCAUGCGGCGCAUUGUAGCUGCGACCAGGGUUACGAAGGGGACGCCUUCGUUGGCUGCUCGAAAAUUGAUGAGAAGCCAAAAGACCGCAUCGAUCCCUGCUAUCCUAGUCCUUGUGGCGAGAACGCAAUUUGUAGCGAACGUAAUGGCGAAGCACGCUGUAGUUGUAUUGAACCUUACAUUGGCGAUCCCUACACCACUGGCUGUCGACCCGAGUGCGUUUACAAUGCUGAGUGUCCUUCGGCGCUUGCCUGCAUCAAGCAGCAUUGUCGCGAUCCAUGCGUGGGCACUUGUGGCUCGAACACUGAAUGUGCGGUAGUCAAUCAUGUGCCUACAUGCAGCUGCGCGCGUGGCUAUGAAGGCGAUCCAUUCACUGGCUGCAAGCGAAAGAGUCCAACCCUACCGCUCAGCCCUUGCGAACCCACACCUUGCGGUGCUAACAGCAUUUGUCGCGUGGUGGACGAUCGUCCAACCUGCUCCUGCCAAGUAGGCUACUUCGGCGCGCCACCCAACUGUCGACCCGAAUGUGUUGUUAGCUCGGAAUGUGCACAGCACUUGGCUUGUAUCAAUCAGAAAUGCACAGAUCCUUGUGUCGGUACCUGCGGCUUCAAUGCCAAAUGCCAAGUGGUUAACCACAAUCCUAUCUGCUCGUGUCCAGCCGAUUACAUGGGUGAUCCGUUUGAGCAAUGUGUGCCAAAACCUCGCGAACCACCACCGAAAAUAAAUCCUUGCCUGCCCAGUCCUUGUGGCCCCAACGCAGAAUGUCGUGACGUUGAUAAUCGCGCUGCUUGUAGUUGCGCGCCAGGUAUGUUCGGUGCGCCGCCCAACUGUCGUCCCGAAUGUGUUAUCCACCAGGAUUGUCCAUCGAAUCGUGCCUGUAUACGCCAACGCUGCGAAGA